CCCUUUCUUUGUUGACGUGUACAUGUCAAUAAUGUAUAAAUGUCAUAUUUCCUUUCCCGAUCAGCGAGACUAUAUCAGUAUAUUUCUCGUUGAUAUUACAAUAACUUCCGUUUACUAGCAGCCAUUUAAUGUGAUAAGUUGUGUCUAUUUGAUAUUUUUCGUUAUUAAUUAUAAUGCGAUGCUACCUCGCCGUCGGAACGUUACAGGUGGGAGUGUGACAGAUCGUACUUCUCUACUCGAAUCCGAUCAUUACGAUAAAUUGGAUAAAAAAGGCUCUUCGAUUUUAAAGCCUUACAAAUCAAUUAAUAAUCAUUAUAAUAGGCCAAUAUCGGAUAAACCUUUGGUGGAAGAAGAAAUACAUUUUGACUUUCUAGAGGAAUUCGUGUUCGACUCAGUGAUGGCUGCAAGAGACAGAACCAAUGAAUUUAUUACAGCAGUGCGGAGCCUUCAGGGUCGAACCUUAGCACGACCUGUUAUCAGAGAUGAGCGAAGAGCUCAUGUUUUAGAGACCUACUCACAGUUUAUGAGUAUGGCCAAAGUAAUUAGCAAAAAUAUUACAAGUACUUAUGCUAAACUGGAGAAACUAGCCAUGUUGGCUAAGAAGAAAUCAUUGUUUGAUGACCGACCCACUGAAAUCCAAGAACUUACUUACAUCAUAAAAGGAGAUUUGAGUUCAUUGAAUCAACAGAUCGCUAAACUGGGGGAAAUGCCCAGAGGGCGUAAAAGUAUGCACAGCCAUUCCUCCAGUGUUGUUGUUGCAUUACAGUCUCGUCUGGCUUCAAUGAGUAAUCAGUUUAAACAGGUUCUCGAAGUGCGAUCGGAAAACUUAAAGCAACAAAACAGUAGAAGGGAACAGUUUUCAAGAGUAUCUCCAAUAAUAACAGAAGUACCAUCUCUACUUCAGCAAGAUGAUGUUAGUAUAGACUUUGGAGAAUCUACCAGUCUUCAAACACAACAGUUUGCUUUAAGAGAUGAUUCAGACUCAUAUGUGCAGCAAAGAGCAGAGACUAUGCACAACAUAGAAAGCACUAUAGUAGAACUGGGUGGAAUCUUUCAACAGUUAGCACAUAUGGUCAAAGAACAAGAUGAAGCGAUUGGUCGAAUAGAUGCAAAUGUUGCAGAUGCCGAAAUGAAUGUGGAAGCUGGCCAUCGUGAAAUUAUGAAGUAUUUUCAGAGUGUCACAGGCAAUAGAGCACUUAUGUUUAAAGUUUUUGGGGUAUUGAUAUUUUUCUUCAUCUUUUUUGUUGUUGUAAUGGCUUAAAAUCACAAAAUAAGGGUGGGCAGGCUCAAUAAGAGUAUCCAUUAAGUCUGAAGUCACAUAGAUCCAAAUUCUACAUUGCAAAUCUAAUUUCAUCCUACAAAACUCACCUUGGGAAUUAAUCUUAAAAUUCACCCUCCCAGUUAAUGGAAUGCCCUUAUUUGCCUACAUGUAUAAAUAUUUAGCAAUAUGCAUAUGUACACUUAUAUAAUUAUAAAAUAUAUGUAAAAAUAAAUUACAAAUAUUUUUAAAACAAAUUCAUGUCAUUCCUGUCCAAUCCAUGUCCUUUAACCCUGAUAUCCAUAAUAUAUAGAAGUUUACAGCCACCAAGGGAUGUCUUCUA